ACCAGCCAAAGGGAUAUGAACAGGCAGGCUGUGAACAGUCCUGAAACAGUUCCUCCUGGACCAAAUGAAGGUGCAGGAGUUGGAAGGAUCAGCCCCGAAAACGAGCCGCAGAACGCCCCACUGCAACCCCCUGCCGCCAUGGCUAGGCUCCCACGGUCGCUCUCCAACGACUACAAAACACUUCUCUCUGAAGAAACCAAACAAAAUGAUUUGGAGAGGACGAAAGUCGGAAUCUGCAAGCUCAGCAGCACCCCGGUGCAAGCCAACUCCAUGCUCCGGAGGGAAUCUGCUGAGACCUUUCCGUACAAGCAAGUGGCCGGGGCAGCGGCUGCCGGGCAAGCUGUGAUCCCUCACUGCAAAAUUGCCGCUUUGCAAAGCACAGACGGGGACGGUAACCCAGCUCUGGGUAAGAGCACGCUGGAACAAAACAAUGCCAAAAGCACCUGGGUGACCUUGAGCCAGAGCACCGUGGUACUGGGUACAGAUGGCAACACCUCUGUUCUUCCUGGCAGAGUGGAGGGGGAAGACGAUAUAGGGGAUGAAAACAAAGCCCGAGGGAACUGGUCCAGCAAGCUGGAUUUCAUCCUCUCCAUGGUGGGUUAUGCAGUGGGGCUGGGCAAUGUCUGGAGGUUCCCGUACCUGGCCUUUAAGAAUGGGGGAGGUGCGUUCCUCAUCCCCUACCUGAUGAUGCUGGCUCUCGCCGGCAUCCCCAUCUUCUUUCUGGAGGUCUCCCUGGGGCAGUUCGCUAGCCAGGGCCCCGUCUCGGUGUGGAAAGCCAUCCCCGCCCUGCAAGGCUGCGGCAUCGCGAUGUUGAUCAUCUCCGUUCUGAUAGCCAUAUAUUACAAUAUUAUUCUGUGCUACACUCUUUUCUACCUUUUUGCCUCCUUUGUACCCGUGCUCCCUUGGGCGUCCUGUAACAACCCUUGGAACACGCCGGACUGUAAAGACAAAAACAAACUUUUACUGGAUUCAUGCAUCAUUGGUGACCACCCAAAAAUACAAAUCAAGAACUCUACUUUCUGUAUGAGUGCCUAUCCAAACUUGACAAUGGUUAACUUCACCAGUGAAGGAAAUAAGACAUUUGUCAGUGGAAGUGAAGAAUAUUUCAAGUACUUUGUAUUGAAGAUUUCAGCAGGGAUUGAAUACCCCGGUGAGAUUAGGUGGCCCUUGGCGCUGUCUCUUUUCCUAGCCUGGGUGAUUGUGUAUGCCUCCCUUGCUAAAGGAAUCAAGUCAUCAGGAAAAGUCGUGUACUUCACAGCAACGUUCCCUUACGUGGUUCUCAUCAUCCUACUUAUACGAGGUGUGACACUACCUGGGGCUGGAGCUGGGAUCUGGUACUUCAUCACGCCCAAGUGGGAGAAGCUCAUUGAUGCUAUGGUUUGGAAGGAUGCUGCCACUCAGAUUUUCUUCUCCUUAUCUGCAGCAUGGGGAGGUCUAAUUACUCUCUCUUCUUACAACAAAUUCCAUAAUAACUGCUACAGGGACACAUUGAUAGUCACAUGUACCAACAGUGCGACAAGUAUAUUUGCGGGCUUUGUCAUCUUCUCAGUUAUUGGCUUCAUGGCAAACGAGCUCAAAGUGAAUAUUGAAGCUGUGGCAGACCAAGGUCCUGGGAUUGCUUUUGUUGUUUACCCAGAAGCUUUAACUAGGCUUCCUCUCUCUCCGUUCUGGGCUAUCAUAUUCUUUUUGAUGCUUCUGACACUUGGAUUGGACACUAUGUUUGCCACUAUUGAGACCAUAGUGACCUCUGUUUCAGAUGAAUUCCCCAAAUACUUACGUACACACAAGGCACUGUUCACUCUUGGGUGCUGCAUUUCCUUUUUCAUCAUGGGAUUUCCUAUGAUCACUCAGGGUGGAAUGUAUAUGUUACAACUUGUGGACACUUAUGCAGCUUCUUACUCUCUUGUCAUCAUUGCCAUCUUUGAGCUUGUUGGAGUUUCCUACAUUUAUGGAUUGCAGAGGUUUUGUGAAGAUAUAGAAAUGAUGAUUGGAUUCCAGCCAAGUAAAUUCUGGCGAGUCUGCUGGGCCUUUGUGACCCCAACUAUCUUAACAUUCAUUCUUUGCUUCAGUUUUUACCAAUGGGAACCGAUGACUUACGGAGCUUACCACUACCCUGGCUGGUCGAUGGUGCUUGGGUGGCUGAUGCUGGCCUGCUCAGUUAUUUGGAUCCCAGUGAUGUUUGUGAUAAAAAUGCAUCUUGCCCCAGGCAAAUUUAUUGAGCGACUCAAGUUGGUGUGCUCUCCACAGCCAGACUGGGGUCCGUUUUUGGCCAAGCACCGUGGUGAACGUUACAUGAAUAUGAUUGAUCCACUGGGAACCUCUUCCUUGGGACUUAAACUGCCAGUGAAGGACAUAGAACUGGGGACCCAAUGCUAAUUGUUCUUACCUUGGUGACAGUAACAUCGUCAGCCUUUUCAGCUAUUCUUUCUGAUUUGUUUCCCCACCAUUUCUUUUCUUCUCUGCAGUGCCUGGAAGUGGUUGCUUAGAGAAGUAGGAUUUACUGUUGCAUGCUACCGGGGAGACCUAGCUAGACCAUUUCCAGGGUUAGGUGAUGCCCAUGCUGUAUUAUGUUUUGACUGAGACAGCAAAACCAUGUUGCACAAUGGGUUACAUCCCAAGUUUUGUUGGGCUGUGUAGGAAAAAACAAAAAAUCCUUUGUAACAGCUAAAGGUGGGACUUACUGUUACCAAUGUAGUUAAAGGGAAGGAUGAGAGUGAACAAGCAGAGACCAUUGAAACAGAAUGCCAGUAAGCAACUUGUGGGAUCAGAGUAGAAGCACUGAUCUGUGUCUAUUUGAUGUUUUUUUGGCAUAGGAAAGUAAAGCAAAGUUUAGGAAAAAAAGAAAAUAUCAUUUGAGAUUGGAGCAAAUUGUAUUUGAGUCAAGAGGUGGUUUGGAAAUAGUGCCGGCAUGAGGUGCAUGGGCAUUAUAAUUAGAGUGCUGCCAUACAUUUCCUUCUGAAAUUUGCUAUCUGUCAUUUCCAUUGGAAAUAACUCAGUUAUACCAGACAUCUGAAACCUGGCUGCUCUGGCCAACUGCACAUAUGUUCCUCCUGAUGGUGAUUUUACUCUCUUCAGUACUCUGAACAUGGUUUCCUUGUUUCUCUGCUUUUGUUUACAGUAUCUCCUCAAGAAGCCAUCAUAUAAUUUGUGCCUAACUUUGUAUUCUUACAGUGGUAAGUGUAGUCUGGUUAUCACUCAGCAACAUUUAUUAGAAGUUAGAUGUGCUGUUUAGCCUUGUGAGUCCCCCCCUUCAUUCUCAUUCUUUAUACUACUUUUAGAUGUAUUCUUCUCUUUCAGCCAAUGGGGAAUGACAAAACCCCAGUUGUCUAUAUAUUAUAUAUAUAGCACAUAAAUCCUUCAAAGUGGUAUUCUCUGGAAUGUACAUAGUUUACAUAGUUUUCUUCUUCUUCUUCUUUUCUUUUCUUUUUUUUUCUCCCAUUUAGAAUGUUUUCAUGACAUAGAAAGAAGACAAAAAAAGCAACAAUUAACCACUGCAGUCAUCCUCAGGGAUGCAGCAAAGAUGUACAAAACAUGAGGGCUGGGGGGCAGUGAUAGGACAUUCUAAAUCAUUACAUUUUAGGCAUCAGUUCUGUGUGGCAAUAGGAAUGUUAGACUUAAAUAAUUGUUACUUAUUGGACAAAGUAAAAAAUAGAGCUUUUUAGGAGUACAUUUAUUUAACUGAAUAGAAAAUUAGCCCAUUUUAUUGUAAAUGCACUAGAACAAGGGAGAAAAAUAUAUCUUCACUAAUUGGCAAAAACAUAAUAACCUUUAUGAUCUUGUUAUAUCCUAUACAUACUUAAAUGAUAUUUUUUAAGAGUGAUCAGUGUUCAUGUAGUGUGUACUAGUGAUGUUUUAUGUCCCUAUAAAUAUCUUAUCGACCAGUGUAGAGAUGGUGAGCUUAGAGUAGUUUAGCUUGUUUUUCCCUCCCCACACACACUCUUGUAGUAGCCAGUAAAUGUUCUUUCCUUUCAGGGGACUGUUUCUCUCCAAUUCUUUUGUCUGUCUGUCUUCAUAUUACAGGGUCUCAGGUAAAUCCUCAGUUACUGUUUGUCUGUAGAUCAGUAGAUGUGUCGUGCCGUUCCAUUCCUGUAGAAGAAAACAAGGCUAAACCUUGACGUAACACUUCUACGUGUUAACUUGUUUUCUCUGUGUGUGUAUAUAUAUAUAUGUAUAUGAAAUAUAUAAAUCAUUUUGCUGAACUUCCUCUUUCACGGGGCAAUUAGUGUUGCCAGUUUUAAGCACUGCUGGAGACCUUUAAUCCUCACGCAGGACAAGAAAACGCCAUCAGGGCUGUCUCUGAGGAUGGAUUUAGCUACUAUCUGUGCUGGCCCCUGAAUCUCUGCUCUGCCAGUCCUCAUCUCAUGGGGCAGCAGGAUGGGACCCCACUGCAGCUUCUCUGCCUUAAAGCUGUGCCCCUACUUCUCAAUUUUGCCCGCUGUUUCUUAAGGGGGUUUCUAUUCUUCUGGCUUUUAUUUUCCUGGCAGAGGCGGGUGUGAGAAGCCACGCUGAUGCAAUGGAAGUUUGGCCCCUACAUCUGCUUGAGGCUGAGAGCACUUCAGGGUGAAGAAAGGAAUAUAAGUCAGUGAGACUUACACAUUUUGGUCAGGAUAAAAAGCUCUAGGCCUCUCUUUACUGAUAUUAUCUAGCUUCUUUUGACUUGAUUUUUGGAGUCCAGUCCAGUUUGCUUUUCUUACUGUUGCAAUAAAAAACAAUAGAUCUAUAGGCUUGUUCCUCUUAAAGAAAAAAACAAACCACAGUCAAAUCAUGUAAUGGUUCUGAAUACUUUCACAUCUUAUCUUUGUCUCAGGAUGUGCAUUGGAACCAUAAUUUACUAAUUGCAACAAAAUUGUCUCGGUAUGAGGAAGUUGGUUGCUGUCUACUUUAAGAAUAAAAGAGAUAUCAUUUGAAGGAAUACUGCUAGGUGAUGAUAUCUGUCCUUUGGCUUGGAUUGCCAAAAUGAAAUACAUAUGAAAAAUUGCCUUCCAUGAAUCCUAUAGUUAAUCUGCACUAUUUUCAUUUGUGCUGUUCCUGUGCUUGUUAAAUCCUUAUCACAGGAUUAGACCUGACUUUGAAACUGAAGACAGAUUAUAGAGAGCAAUGUUCUUCCAGUUGAUUUUUGUCUUUGGCUUUGACCUUCAAUACUAGACAUGCAAAAACACUUGGAGAGUUGGAGAAAACACUACAGAAGUCGCCAAAGAUAUGAAAUGUUCACUAUAUAUUAAAAGCAGAAGUUUUUCAUGCAAGGCUUCUAAAAAGAAGUAUUUCACUGUCCAAAUCUGAACGUUGAGAUUAAAUUAACCAGCAGCGUCCUCUUUAAAUGAGAAGUAACCUUGCAGUUUGGGAAUGCAUUUAGCUUAGUAUGUUCUAGAAAAGUUUGCAUGUACUUUAAUAAUUUUCUAAAAAGAAAUUUAGUAACUAAUUAAGUAUCGGUAAAGAUCUUUAAAGAUUAAAAAAAAAAGGGGAA